AUGGAGAAUUUAAUUACAAAAGUAUUUAAACCUACUUUAAAUAUUAAAUUUUUAAAUACAGAUUGUGAUUAUAAUUUUAUUAUAAAAAAAAUAAAAGAAACCAAUUAUUUCAAUAUAAAACAAAAAAACCAAACUAAUUACACAUUUGGAGAAGAUCUUAUUUCUACUCUAUAUAAAGAUGAAAUUUAUACAUUUAAAAAUUUAACUAUUUAUAUUGUGUGUGACAAAAGUAAAUCAGAUUUUUAUAUUCCAUAUUCUUAUUUUGAUUCUGAGGAAUAUCUCAUUCAGCUAGAAAAAAUUUAUAAAUUAUGCUUGCCAAAAAAAGAAGAAUCAUUCCUUAGCAAAGGUUCAUCAUUGUUUAAAUCUUUUAUUCUUGAUACCUACAUGGAUGAUAAAAGUAAAGCAGACUCUUUUUUUUUAGUAGGUAAAUAUGAAGAUGCAUACAAAAUUUACAGUAAAUAUACUGAUUACAACGACUUUUCGCAUUAUUGUAUAGAAAUGGCUUUUUAUUGUACACUUAAAUACAAAGAAGUACCGUUUCAUUUUAUUGAUACUUUUUACUUUAAUAGAUUGAUAUAUUUGCUAUUCCAAAGUCAAGAGUACGAUUUUUUGUGUUAUCGUUUUUAUAAAAUUAGUUCUAGCAUUGAUACAAAAAUAAUGCAUGAAAUUGGAUUAAGAAUGUUUCAAACAUCUUUGUACAAAAGGAAAGGCUUUGAACUACUAUACUUUUACAAUAACAGAAAUAAACUUGACCUUACUACUGUUUAUAAUGAGAUAAUCAAUGCCGGUAAUAAAAAAAAGAUUGAUGACAAGGUUUUUUGUCAAAAUUUACCAUUAAGUUCUAAAUCAUCUGAGUUUAACGUGUCUAGUUUAUUUAUAAUGAAUUUUACAAAUUUUUUUAUUAUAUUUCAGUAUCAAGUUUUUAAUAUAAAGUUUAAUAUAAAAGCAAAAGGAGAAUUUACCAUAAAAAAUAAGAAGCGUAAAUUUGAAGAUGUAAUAGAUUUUACUGUCUGGUUUAAAAGACCUGGGUUUUAUACAAGAAAUUUAUGUAUUCAACUUGAAAAAACAUAUAAUUUAAAGCUAUUUUUUGUAGUUUUAGAAAAAUUUCGCGCUAAAAUAUUCUGUGAUUAUAGAUUAAAAAGCCAAACAUUUUUGUCCUUACAAUUUAAAGUUAGCGAACUAUUUAAAAUAUGUUCUAAACAUAAGUUUACUGUUACAGAAACAGAUAUAAUAAAAAUUUAUAGAGAAAAUAUUUUAGGACUAACUGAUUCUUUAUGUGAUAAUAUUACAUCUUUUGAUAUUAUAAACGAUCCAAUACAUACAGAUUUAAAUUUUAAACAUUUUUUGACAUGGGACAAAAAAUUAUUAUCCUGUGAAAAUAACGUUACACUUAGAUUUAAUAGAUAUAAAAAACAUAAAAUUAAAUUUCUAGAACAAGAACAAGUUUAUAUGAUUUAUAUAAAAAAAAGAAAAAAGCUACGACAAAAAGUUUUUAUUUACAUAUUUAAUACAUAUAUUUUAGAAGAAAAUACAAAGUUGAGUUUAUUGAUUAACAAUGUGUAUAAUGAAAAGUUGUUUUUGGAAGUUAAAGGUUUGACUUGUGAAGUGUUAGACUCAAAUUUUGUAAUAGUUAGUAAAAAAAGUACACUUUUUGAAAUGAGAUGUAAAAAUUUAAGUGUUAAUGCAAAAUUUGAAUUUUUUAUUCGCAACAAAGAUGGGGAAUUUAUGGAUUUUGAUUACAAAAUAGAUUUUUUAUAA